AGUUGUCUCACGAGAAGAGAGAAGACGAAGAAACUUUGGAUUUUAACAAAUUUUCGACUUAAAAGAUAUAAAAGAUGGCCACCACAGCUAAAGUUAACCCUGAUUUAUUAGGUGAUAUUAGUAAAGGUUCUGAUUUGAAACAUGUUCAGCUAAAAGAAAAAAAUCCAUUACCAUCUAAAGAAGAUGUUCAACAAGAGAAGAAUCACCAACAGCUAGUUGAUGGUGUUGAGAAGUUUGAUGCCUCAAAAUUAAAACAAGUUGAAACUCAGGAAAAGGUUGUUUUACCUGAUCCAUCAGUGAUAGCUAAAGAAAAGACAGAGACUGAGCUGAGAGAAAGAAUUGGAUCUUUUAAUAAAAAUGAUUUAAGUCAUGCUCAAACUGUAGAGAAAACAGUUUUACCCAAAGCAGAAGAUGUGAAACAAGAAAAAACUCAUCAACAGCUGUUAACUGGAGUAACUAAUUUUGAUCACGAUCAGUUAUCUCAAACUCAGACCAAAGAACGUACUGUUUUACCUGAUACAAGCACUAUUAAUCAAGAAAAACAGGAUAUUGAAAUGAGAAAAUCUAUUGAAGGUUAUCAUAAAGAUAAUUUGAAGAAAACUGACUGUGUUGAGAAAAUUCACCUUCCCUCCAAAGAUGAAAUUGACCAAGAGAAAAGACUGAGCAGUGGUGUUUAAGAAUCAGUUGAUUUGUGACAUAAUUUUGUGAUUUUUAAAACCAUCAAAUGUUAUUGUAUAUACCAAUGUGUAGAUUUAGUUACUUUGUAUAAUAUUCCUUAUAUAAUCCAUUAUAACCUGCAUUUUCUUAAUGCUCUUUUAUUAUAUCCAUUUGCUUUGACUUAAAGGGAUAUAGUUGUUUAAAUAUUUUCUUUAUCAGAUGAUUGAGAUCCUUUAAUCCAUCCAUAUCACUUUUCAGAAUUAAAAACUGAUGUUCCAUUCCCCUAUAAUUAAACAAAAUUAAAUUGCACUGUUUUUGACUAAUGUUACUUCUUGAGAUUUAUUUACAUUCUCGCCUUCAGUUGAUAUAGAUAUUUAAAACAUUUUUGUUAUACACUCUGUUAGUGAUGACAGUCUAAAUUUGAUUGAUAUAUAUUUUCAUUGCAGACAUAAAGGUAUUACUAUAAGCUGGUUUAUCAAAUAUUUAGAUGACUGAAUCCCAUUAAGGAGAUAUAAAGAUAUAUCACUGCGAUUAUUAUCUAAGAGUAUAACUUUUUGGGUUCCUGGCUAACAGUAAUAAUUCUCAGCCUUAGAAAUAGGUCUUGACAUUCCCUUUACAUUGCUCAGUACAAAGCAAAGGAGGUCACAGGUUCCAUAUUAUUGUGAAACUAUUAUGUAUUGGUACUUAGAUUUUUUUAUAAACAGAAGUUAAUAUUAAUUUCAAAAUCCCUCCUAGAAGCUUUUGUUCAUUAUUUUGGUCACAUUGAGUAAAGUUUUAUUUGCAGCAUAGAUUACUCAUAUUUUUCUUAAAAAUUCUGAAACUUUAGUCAGAUACUCUUCCUCUCCUUAUAUUAUUGUAAUUUUUUUUCUUUCAUUUAAUGUACUGCAUCGGUUUCUCAUUUGUUGCACCAUUUAAUAGUAUUUUGAGUUGGCAUUAGGUUUUUAGACCAUUCACUUAUUAACAAUAAUACGUUUUAUAGUCGUAAUUCAUAAAUGAAUUUGAAAUGCAAAAAAAAACAUAACAUGUAGUAUAUUAAACAUUGAAUUGUUGAUUUGGAGAACAUGAUUGUGCUUGUUACUUGUUAGUUAAAAUUUUUGUUGUAACUUUUGAUAAAGCUAGUCUAGCUUGCCAGCUUCUUGUUAUAUUUAUGUCACCUUUUUCUUUGUUUUUUUUCUUUGUUUUUUUUUCAUGUAUGCUUUGUACUCAAUAUGAUUAAAAAAGUAAGGCAUUCAUAUAUAGCUACAAAUAACAAGAUUAAAGUGAGAUCUUGCCUGUGCAUUGUAAUUAAGUCAAAAAUGAUAAUUUUAUUGGUCAAGGAACCUCUAAAAUAUCUAAAAAAUUUCAGUGAAAAUGACACUUUGGUAUUAAAAUUAAUUCAAGAAAUUUCUGAAUUUUCCAAUCCAAAUUCUCUGAAUUUUUAGUUAAAUUCUUAAUUCAUACUGACCUUGAAAUAGCUGUGAAGGUUUGUUCAUGUGAAUAGCUGCUUUUGUGAUGAUUCAAAAAGUUGCUUUCAUUCCAAAAAUCUUUCAAUUUUUUUUAAAUCAAAAAUUAAUAUACAGUAUGAUAAAACAGGAAGAAAAUUUACCUUAGGGUAGAUGGCAACCUUGACAAAGGGGUUUAGAUAUUGAACUCAAUUUUAUUUCAAGAGAUGUGUACAUAUUGAAUAUAUCUCUGUUCAAGAGGAGUUUACAUAUUCAACUCGACUCUGUUCAAGAAGGGUUUACAUAUUGAAUAUAACUCUGUUAAAGAGGGGUUUACAUAUUGAAUAUAACUCUGUUAAAGAGGGGUUUACAUAUUGAAUAUAACUCUGUUAAAGAGGGGUUUACAUAUUAAAUUUGACUCUGUUUAAGAGGGUUUACAUAUUGAACUCGACUGUUCAAAGGGGUUUACAUAUUGCACUCAAUUGUGUUGAACUCAACUUACUUUAGUGCCUAUCUUUACAGCAUUCAAAAAUUUCUAUGCAAUUUUCAAUUCCAAUAUAUAUUUUGUUUAAAUAGACAUUCAUUAGGCUUAAGCUUAAAUUUAGCAGGAUUUUCAAAAUUGAUAACUGAAAGUGAAUUUUAAAAUCAAUAGUUUGAUGAUAAUCAGUAUUACUUUAGUUCUUUCUUAUUAUGCUUUUAAUUAGAGCUUUAUUAUGAUAAUUUGCAUUAUUCCAAUAUUUUAGCAAUUAUACUGAAUUUUUUUUACAUGACAAUAAAUAUUGAUUAUGUAUCAUUGACUUAUCAUUACACUAGUUCUAUAAAGUGGGUGAAAGUGGUUGUGUGUAUAUAUUAAGGUAACUUUGAGCCAAUUACUUUCCUUCCCAUUUAAAAUCUCAAUUAAAUUAUAUUUUCCGCACUCUAUCAGUAUAUCUUGAGUGUCUAAGACAGAUAUAAUUCACAUAAAAGUAGCAAACUUAAUCACCAAGUGUAUAUAUCCAAUAAUUAUAUAGUUUAUAGAGGAUCUUAAAGAGUGCUUAUGUAAAAAUUAUGAAAUGAGUUGCCAAAUAUAAUAGGGGGGAAUAUUUGAUCUGGCAGCAAAUUUCAUCAAUUUCAUAUUACAUAAGCACUUGUUUGAUAUCCCCUAUAAACUAAAUAAUAGAAUACCUACAAAUUUAACUGAGUCGUGGACUUCAAAGAAUGCCAUGUUGUUCUGUUAGUUAUGACGCCAAGGUUGGAAAUUUCAAUGUUUUGGUCAUCCUUAGAGGUAGUAUACCUUUAAUAACCACUAUACUUGUGAUCUGGGCAAUGAGACCCUUUCAGUAAUAGUUACAAUUUGAACUGACCAUAUUCUGUAAUUAAGUUACAUUUAAUUAAUGUUACACAAAAUCAUCUCAUCUCAUGAAAUUUGAUUUAAAAUGAACAAAACUGUUGUCAUUAUGGUUUUAUGAAAUAAUACAUAAUAAUAAU